GCGUAAAAGUUGAAGGAGGAGGGAAUAAAGCCCGGAUUCUUGUUUUUUUUUUUUUCUUCUUCGGGAAAUAUAACUUUGUCGGCAUGAACGCGGAUACGUGCGUGUCCUACUGCGACAUGACAGCCAUGGAUUCCUACUACAGUCCGCCGGCCGCGCCCGGCAGGGAGCACCAGGCCAACGCCUUCAGGACUUUCGGCGCCGAGGCCAAAUACAGCCCCGGCUUCGGGGGGGCCAAGGGACAAUACGCCGACAAGUCCCGGGCCAGUCCCUUCCAGCCCGAGUGCAACCAGGCGCUGGACGGCGCGGAGGCCGAGGUUUCCUUCGGCAACAAGUACCCGCUCUACAUGCACACCAGGCCCGCCUGCAAGACUCCCCCCGACGGCGGCAUCCUGCCCUGCUACGGUGUUGUCUCAUCUUCUUUAGCCAAAUGGAGGAAGAGGGAGCGCUUUGGUCAGAUGCAACAGGUCCGAACACAUUUCUCUACUACUUAUGAGCUGCCUCUCCUAACUCGGCCAGAGAACUAUGCGCAGAUCCAGAACCCAUCAUGGAUCGGUAGCAGCAAUGGAGCUUCUCCCGUGCCAGGUUGUGUCGUUCCCUGCGAUACCGUGCCCCCCUGUAUGCCCCCUCAUCCACAUGGUCACGGUGGGGUCUCCGAUUUCCUGGGCGUGCCCAGCCCAGGGAGCAGCCACAUGGGACAGACGCAUAUGGGCAGUCUUUUCGGGGGACCUGGAAUGGUCGGAGGAAUGAAUGGCUAUGAUCUCAAUGUCGACCCAGACCGCAAGUCAUCCAGCAUAGCGGCGCUGCGUAUGAAGGCCAAGGAGCACAGUGCCGCCAUUUCUUGGGCAACUUGAUGUUCCGCGCCUCCUGAGCGGUCAUCGUCAAGUACUAUGGGGGAGUUUUGCAGCGAGCACUAAUGAUAACGCAGGUCAAAUGAACGGGUAGAGACUGUACAGAUAACAGGAUACAUUGCAGUGGCCAACACAGCUGUGACAAUCAGCAGAUGUAAUAAUCCUCAGAGGCCAUCUUGAUUCAGUGAAAUACUGGGGACCAUUCACUUAGUGAUCAUUUCCA